AUGUUGCCCGGCGUUAUUGCUCCUCCAGCCAUGUAUCCCAACCUGCUGUCUCUGCCGCGGACUUUGCGCUCGGCCUUCACGGCGCCGUCCAGCUUCCGUGUGGAGGACCUGUUGCGCAUCGGCCGCGAGACCUUCCCACCACCGCUUCCGUCCUCCGCAAGCCCUAACUCCCACGAGACCGCGCGCGUUUCCUCCGGGAUCGACAGGAGCAGCUCACCGCCACAGACCAUCGCAAUCAACACGACCACACACACCCACACACACACCCACACGCACACACACACCGAGCCCGGAUACCUGAAGUUUGGGGUGAACGCCAUCCUCGCACCAGAUAUCAGAAACGCAUCAUCUCCACCUGCGCUGCAUGGCAUGAGCCCCAAACACUUUCCCUUCCCAUGCUUUGAUGCUUCAUUCCAUCCGUUCAUCAGAGCUGCCUAUUUUCCUGCUUCAAACUCAGUGGUCCCUAUACCGGGAACCUUCUCAUGGCCACUUUCGGCGAGAGGAAAGCCGAGGAGAGGGAUGCUGAGGCGGGCCGUGUUUUCGGAUGUUCAGCGCAAAGCUUUGGAGAAAAUGUUUCAGAAGCAGAAAUACAUCAGCAAACCGGACAGGAAGAAGCUAGCUGCUAAACUGGGCCUGAAAGACUCUCAGGUAAAAAUAUGGUUCCAAAACCGAAGGAUGAAAUGGCGGAAUUGCAAAGAGAGGGAACUUUUGUCUUCAGGUGGCUGUCGAGAACAAACUCUACCCACAAAGACAAACCCUAACCCAGAUCUCAGCGACGUCGGAAUAAAGUACGAGAAUCUUGACAGGGACAGCCCACACGGUGCCUUCUACCAUCCUCACAUAGGCAAAGAUCUUGAAAACGGCUCAGAUUCACUCUUCACGUCUCCAUCACACUCCAGCAAGAACUCGGACUCGUCAGAUGACGAAGAAAUCACUGUAUCAUAG